GGCCGUUGGGCUCCCGAGGAGCCGGGGCAGCGGGGACAGGGCUUCUCUUUCUCGGUGCUGGGUUGAUUUUUUUUCUUUUUUAUUUUUUUUUUUAAUUUCCCCCUCCCCCACUCCUCCCCGUCUUUCAACCGCCCUCCCCGCGCUGGGGAGCGUCGUCUCCCCGCCGCUCCCCUCAGGCGCCGCCGCCCCCGGCUGAGGGAGCGGGCGCGUCUCUCCCGCGGGGCGCGGGUACCCCCCGUCGCUGAGGGGCUGAAGGGGUGUAGGGGGCCCGCUCUUCGAGACCUCAGACCAGAAAAGAAAUGGCUAUAGCUGCAGUUCCCGAGGCGGAAACCCGGCUGUGUGGCAACUGCAAAAAGGAUAUUCCUGCUGUUAAUUUCAUCAUUCAUGAAAUUCACUGUAGCAGAAAUAUUGAAGUAUGCCGCUACUGCAGCGAAUCAAUCCCAAAGUCUGAAAUGAAGACCCAUAUUGAGUCUGAACACGGGCAGGUUACCUGCAAGUGUAGAAUGAAGAUAGAAAACAGUCUCUUGAAGGAUCAUGAGGCGUCAGCAUGCCCUCUGCGUCCUGCCCUCUGCCAGUACUGUGACAUACAGCUCGCCUUCAGCAAGCUCCAGGACCACGAAAUCUACUGCGGAGCUAGGACUGAGACGUGUGGUGGGUGUGGCCAUAACAUCAUGGUGAAAGAUCUGAAAGGGCAUCCUCGAGUGUGCGGGCAAGAGGUGAAACAAGGAAGAGGAAGCAGAACAGUGCCUCGCUUUGAGGAUGAGGAGGCAGAUUUGCACACCCUUCGAGACAUUAGAAACCGGCUACGAUCAGAGGAUGAACUGGAGCAGUUGGAGAGGAAAGAAAACGCUAAUUCUUCACUUUAUGAAGAGUGGAAUGCCGAUUUAGACUAUGUGUUGGCUCUUAGUCUACAAAAUGAGAAUAAUCCUCACAAUAAUACUGCAGCUGAAAUUCCCAGUGACUUCUGGCAAAACUACUACACCAAAGAGUCUGUGCCAUCUGCCUGUCUUGAUGAAACAGACUCAUCAGAUAUCUUCUCCUGUGACUCCUUCGUGUCUUUUAGCACACCAAACCGCAUAAAAAGCGAUGAGAUCAUCAUGCUGCCGUGUGAAUUUUGCGAGGAACUUUACCCUGCUGAAGAUCUGAUUCUUCACCAGACAGGUUGUAACCCAGCAAGUGCCUUUGCCUCGUUCAGUAAAAGAAGUUCUUCCCCAAAUCCACGAGAAAAUGAUGGUCUGCGUGCCAUUGGGUCCAAAAGCUGGAGAUCUCUCUCUUCAUACCAGCCCCAAGCUGUCCAGGCAGAAGGAAACAUUAUGAUUCCAUGUGAAUUUUGUGGCAUCCAGCUAGAGGAGGAGACGCUCUUUCAUCAUCAGCACCACUGCGACCUGCGCCCGGCCAGCCCGGCCGCCAGCUUUCCAUCGCGGCAGCUGCCGCCGCCUCGGCCCGGCGGCGAGAGAAGAGACUCGCCAGAGCUGGCUCGGAGACGAACCAGGCGUCAAGGGGAUGUUUCUCCUUGGUGCCGGGAAGGCUUUGGGCAGCAGCGCCUCAGCUCUCCGGCACGAGGCACCGAGUCGCCGAGCGACCCGGCGAACGCCCGGAAGGUGCCGCUGCCCCUCGCGCCGCGCGACGCUCCCGCCCUGGGCGGGAAGGCCGGGAGGGCGGCAGGCAGCGAGGGGAGGCCCAGGAACAGGGGAGCAAGCGGCUCUGCAGGCGGGACACGACCUGCUCGGAGCUCCCAGGCAGAAGCCUUGGCCCCCGCCUUCUCCAGAAGUGCUCCAGCCCAGCCCAGCAGCAGUCACGCCACAGGAAGGCGCCCGGCACUGGCAGAUGGUCCUGUCACCCUCCGGCGCAGGAACGCCAAGGCAAAAGCCCCGAGCUCAGCACCUGGCCAGCCUGAGGAGGAGUGAUCUACUGCUUACGGAAAACACGUUCAGCACUCUCCGCCUUCACUCUGCACUGCUGCUUUAUCUGAGCGCAAGUAAAUUCCUAGAUUGCUGUGUCAUUGAAGACUUUCUAUGAGUUUAAAUUUUUACAGGCAGCGAUCAUUUUAUAUAUAUAUAUAUAUAUAUAUAUAUGUAUUUUUGAUUCAUGAGAGUAUACUACAGGUUUUUACUUUGGUGAUUGAUACAAGUGCUGUCCCGAGGCAGCAAACCCCCUUCCCCGUGCCCUGGGGAGGUUCUGUGGCUGUGGUGGCUCUUUGGGACACCCAGUAAGGGAAUUUCCAGCCUCUCUCCUGGUGCUGCUGCUCCCGGGCUCGCCCCUUUCUCCCACCAGCACCAGAUGAAAACCAGAAACCCCCCAGAGCAGACGAGGCUCGGCCCAGGGGCAGCAGGAGCUGGAGGGAGUGGGGAGCAGCUGAACCCCCUCCUAAAGCUGCCGGGGUGGGAGGGCCCUGACCCUGCUCUGUGUCCUUGGGUGUCAGCGCCUGCGCCCAGCACCCAGGGAGGGGGAUUAGAGCUGUCAGGGGAUAAGCUCCAAGCCCCUGGCUGCCUUGUAAAACGCUUUUUAAUGCUGGCUUAGUCCACGCUUUUUAAAUUCCUUGUAAUAAAAUUUAUCUACCGCCCUCCCAAGCACUGGUGGGGUGCAGCUGCAUUCCAUGAGGCAGGGGAUGCUAGGUUUUUGCCUGCAGUUGGUCUUGGUUAAUUUGCAUCCCAGGGGCUUGGGGAAGGGGCAAUGCAGAGCUGAGAGAACAAGUGGGGGCAUCAGCCUAAUUAAGCGGGUAGGGCAGAUGGCAUUAGCAGGGCUAAUUAGCCCAGCAGCCUCCUGGGGCAGGGCUGGGCCUGGGCUCUGCUGCCAGCCCCAGCCUGCAGCAGGGACAGCCAAGGAGGGGCUGAAGCGAUCCUGCUUCUCAAAUAAAGACAUUUGCCAGCCACUUCCACCAAAUGUAAGCAUUUAUUUGUACAAGAAAAGCAGAAUAAAGGUAUUUUAAAAAGAGGUGGCAA